AUGUUUCCAAGAAAUAAUCUGGUAACAAACAGCUAUUGCUUAAAGUUUAAAAAAUUUUCUACAGAAGACGAUGAUGUUGAUAGAAAUAGAGAUAAUACCAUGAUGAAACUUGGUUUGCUCAAUGUGAGGUCGUUGUCAAACAAGUCAGUGGUAAUCUAUGAUGCCUUGUUGCAUAACAAAAUUGAUGUUAUAGUGCUUACAGAAACAUGGCACAGAGCGUCAAAUGAUGAUUCGGUAAAAUCUGCUUUGCCACUAGGCUAUGGGUACGUUGAUGCCGUCAGGGAAUUUGAUCCAGCUCAUGGUGGUUUGAUUGUUAUGGUUAAGGAUGUGUACUCCCUCAGGCGGUUGGAUAUUCCAAAACUAACAUCGUUUGAGUGUUUAUGCGUCCAGAUCUCGAUGGCAAAUACACCAGUCAUUCUGAUGGCGAUAUAUCGUCCGGGCUCAAAAGGUGCUGACAAGCUGUUCUUUGACGAAUUGAGUCAUGUGGUUGAGAGACUGAUUGUGAAUAACGUUCCGUUGUUGAUAGCUGGUGAUUUUAAUAUUCAUCUAGAGGACGCUGAUGAUUUAAAUGCGAGGCGGAUGGAAGAUUUCUUUGCAACAUUUGAUAUGAUCAGGUUUGUGCAUGGUCCAACUCACGUCAAAAAUGGAACAUUAGAUUUUGUGGCUGCUACAUCGAGUUACGAGAUUACUGAUGUCACCGUGGGAACACCAGGAGAAUUUUCGGACCAUGCCCUUAUAACGUGUUUGUUGCCCAUGCAAAAGAUUAAACCAAAAAUGGUAACUAAACUCGUACGAUGCAACAACGAACUAGCAGCUGUCUUCACUGAUUGCAUCAAAAUCUCCAUUAUUAAUCACAAUUCUAAAACGUUCUCUGAUGUCAUGCGUGGUAUCAAGGAGAAAUGGAAGCUAGUCAACAAAACCAGGAGUGCAAAUCGUCGCGUGUGCGUUGGCGACGUGAUGGAUGAGGGUGAAUUGCCGGGAUCAAUCCUGUGUUGCUGUAUCGAAGAAAAAUUCGCAUUGGAGUGGGAACUCUUGCUGCUUGUUUCUUGGAUCACGUCGGGGUCAGCAAUUUGUUGCGGUUGCGCUCAUGAUUUGCAAUCCGGCAUACCUGACAUGGGCAGUGAUGGAAAAUGCUUCCAGGCUCACUUAUGUAGCUGGUACUUCAAAAUUUUGAAGAUGAUUGCAUUUGAUCUUUAA